AUGUGGGAUAAAAGAGUGGUUGAGGCGAUUGAGGAGUGUAUUGGAGAUUACUCGGUUGUGACUUUAUUUAAAAAUGUGGAUGAUGGAUGGGAAUGGGCAUUUGCAGGUUCCUAUGGUCCUAACGUAGAUAGGGAUAGGAGAAGGUUGUGGGAGGAGUUGGCAGGUUUAUACUCCUUAUGGGACGUGCCGUGGUGUAUGGGGGGUGACUAUAACAUUACUCACUUUCCUAGUGAACGUUCAGGGCAUUAUAGAAAUUCUGUGGCCAUGGAGGAUUUCUCCAAGUUCAUUUUUGAACUGGACCUCAUGGAUCUUCCCCUAGUAGGAGGCGAGUACACUUGGUCAAACGGACGGGCUUGGUCGAGAUUGGAUAGAUUUCUUGUUUCUCCUUCAUGGGAAGCACAUUAUCCGGAAGUAAGUCAGAAACGGUUAGCUCAAGUCAGCUCAGACCAUUUUCCUAUCUUUUUAGAUUGUGAGGGUAUUCACAGGGGUCGUCGGUACUUUAAGUUUAAAAAUAUGUGGCUAACGGCAGACGGGUUUGUAGAGAUGGUGAGUGCUUGGUGGUCAUCAUAUCAGUUUAAUGGUACUCCCAGUUUCAUUCUUGCAAGCAAGUUGAAGGCUCUGAAACAGGAUCUAAAGAAGUGGAAUUUGGAAGUAUUUGGUCACAUUGACAAUCAGAAGUCUACACUGUUGGAGGAACUGCAGGAGUUAGAGGGUAAAGAAUUAUUGGGGGAUACUUUGGAGGAGGUGUUAUUGAGGAAGGGCACGGUUAUGGCAAACUUGGAGAGGGUUCUGUCUUCAGAGGAGAUUUCAUGGCGUCAAAAAUCCAGGGCACUUUGGUUGAAAAAAGGGGAUAGGUGCACAAAGUUCUUUCACAAAGUGGCUAAUUCACAUCGGCGUAACAAUGCCAUUGAGUCGCUCCAAUUCGGCUCUCAGGUGGUCUUCUUCUCCGGAACUAGAAAACCAUAUUGUACAUUACUAUGA